CUCGUGCUUGCUAGGCAGGCACUCUACCACUUGAGCCACAUCACCAGCCCUGGCAACGUGGUCUUAAGAAAUGAGAAGCAGGGCAGGCCGUGUCUUCAUCAUCACGAGACCCAGACGGAUGAUAUGAAGGAGCAGAGCGGGCCUCUGGCACUGUCAUGUGCAUUUCAUACAGUGAACCUUUCCUGGGUCAGUGCCAGACACUGUGCUAGGCCCUGGGGGUGCAGAGACACAGGCAGAGCAUCACCUCCAACAGACUCCAGUGGGAACAAAUGAGAAGGCAAAGAUGUAAGCCCACCCAGAGUGAGAAGAGCUCUGAGCCUACAAGGGAGGCUCAGCCUCUGGGGUCACACUCUUUCUUCCCCACAUGCUGCCCAGCCCAUGGUGCCCAGUUCACAGUCACACAUGGUGAGCAAGUGGAGGACUCAUUUUCCGGGCACUGACCAGGGUCCAGGGGAGCAAUGAUCCAUCCAUCCCUGGGGAAGACUGCAACUGAGGGACUGCUGCCUCACACGGGGCUGGUGUGAAAGGUCCUUUCCAUCCCUAACAUGGGACCCUGAAUUCUUUAGUGUCCUCCUAGAUUUAAGGGCAUAAGCUGAAGAAUUUGGUUUUGGUUGAAUUUUUCCCUGCGUGCCAAAGAUGUCACCUAUCAGAUGUGCUCAUUCAGCCGGGGUGUGCUGCCCAUUGGACCCGACAGUGUGGACGCAUCCCCCUCCCUCCCUUUAACCCCUUCCUUCUCCCCUCCCCCAUCCCAUCUCAUCCUCAUCUCCAUUUUCUCCACCGGUUCGUGUCGACUGUGCACUCCAUCACCAUCUCUCACACCAGUGUCCAAGAGACGCAAGGCCCAUCUGCGGCGCCUGGAUCGCCGGUGGACCCUGGGCGGGAUGGUCAACAGGCAGCACAGCCGAGAGGAGAAGUACAUCACAGUGCAGCCCUACACCAGCCAAAGCAAGGACGAGAUUGGCUUCGAGAAGGGUGUCACCGUGGAGGUGAUCCGGAAGAACUUGGAGGGCUGGUGGUACAUCAGGUAGGAGCUCUGGCAGAGCAGCAACUGAGUGCAGAGUAGCCAUGGUACCAGGUGGCAGGUAGAUACUGAGGGCAGCUGCACACCAACUUCUGCAGCUGAGAAGCUCAACCUAGAAGUGCUCAGCGUGCAGGUUGUCUCCUGGGACAAGAAAGCAAAACCUGAGCCUCAGCUGGCCUGGACCACCAACCCAGCUCAGCUUGCAGCUGCCAAGAGUGCAGCACAUCUGAAUCUGGUUUUCUGUAUCAGGCCUUGGCUGCCUGGCUCGCUCCAAGCUCGCACGCCGGGCCCCAGACAUGGGCCUCUGGCCCCUGUAUCCCUGGCUAGUUUGGGUCGUUUUGUACUACAGGGCUGGUUGUAAGGCUAGGGUAGAAGUAAGGCUCCUCGUUCUCCUGUGCCUCCCUGUCUGAGGGCCCAAUCACACUUCCCUGCUGAAAAGCCCAUUUGGGGUGUAGGUAAGGGAGCAGAAUAAACCAAACCCUGUGAGCAUCACUCACCAUGGUCAGACGUGACCUGCCCUGUUUCCACCCACAAAGUUGGCUCUCAGGAAGGUCUGUUGGCUCCUAUGGCUGUCAGCUCUGGGGACUCUGGCUGCUUUCCACACUCCUCUGCCUGCAGCCCAGCUGACAGAGACAGUCGCAUAUGUGUGGGCUCUGGGGCCAGCCACCUCAGUCCACCACACCUGGCAUUCCAGACCCACUGAGGACAGGAUGUAUGCUCUACAUGGUCUUCCUUAGAGGGCCAGGAUUGUGCUGUGGCACCCUGUGACAGGUGAUGCAAGCACUCAUGGGGUAGGUCCUCAGAACAUGGUGGAACAUGAUGGUGUUAAAGGUUAGUCUCUGCCGAAGGGUCAGAUGAAGGUCACAAGACCUUUGUGUGACUUGAUAGGACAUUGCUCCCCCUAUCCUCCUAGCCUCGGUGCCUAUCAGGAAGACUGAGAUGUCCCUUUCUCCCUUCUCAGUACUAACCAGACCCGACCCCACUUAGCUUCCGAGA